AUGCCAAGGGUAAAACAAGUGGCUACCAAACCUCAAAAAUUCAUGGGUGAUGCUAUGACAGCCACUGGCAGAUCCGAAAAGGAAAGAGAAGAAGAAACUAAAGUUGAGAACAUUGAUGAAGAAACAGAGACAGUGGAAGAACGACCAAGAAAAAGAAAAGAAAAGGGUAUUGCUGGGUUAGAGCCUUCCACGAAAAAGAAGAAAAUGGAGAAGGCCCCUGCUUCGAAACCCUUUGUGCAACAGAAUAUUUUCGAGCCAAGAUUCAAUUUGUCAUUUUUGAUUUUCAAAGUGAUUGCUAAGUCUAGUAAGCAUAGAAGAUUGCCACAUGCUUUGCCUUUGACUCUUGUAUUUCAAACUAUAGGAGUUGAUUUGGGCAAAGAAAAGAAGUUUAGCAAUCCUAUCCCCAUUAAGGAGAUUUUCAAGGCUGAUGAUGGUAGGAAAAGGAGUAAGAAAGAAGAGAAAAAGCAAGAAGAAGAGACUGAGAUUGAUAUUGAAUCUGAAUCAGAAUCAAAUUCUGAAACAGAACUAGACAUCCCAAUAAGCAAGUUAAAAGAGAGAAGUUCUAAGAUAGAUGAAGGGGAAAGCUCUAAGAAGAAAGAGAAAAUUAAGCUGAAAAUGUUAGAUUUUGUGAAAAUAAGUAAAGCAAAUCUGGAAAUGAUGAAGGAAAUCAAAGAAAUGAGUGGAUUGAGCUUGAGUAUUUUAGAAAAAUCUCAUGAAUUGCAGAAAGGAAUUAUGGCUGAGCAAAAUGCAAAGAUGGAUAUGUUGAUUAAUAGAUUGGAUAGACAAGAAUGGUUUAUGAAGAAGAUGGCUCAAAUGCUGUUUGGUGAAUCUUUUGGGAAGUUUGGAGAUUUUGGAAGCUACCCACAUGGUAUUGCUGGUCCUAGCAAUGCAAAGGCUGCUGAACCAAGUGGAGUAAAAAUUUCUGAAGUGGAAGAAGAAGAAGAAGAGGAGCAUGUGGAAACUGCUGAAAAGGAAAAAGAAGAAAGUAAGCUAGCUGAGGCUGAAGAAGUAGAGAAAAAUGAUGAGAAGGAAGAAACUAUAUAA